AUGUCAGACCAUUCGGAACAGUUCGUGGCAUCUAUUGCAUCCGCGCUCAAUUCUUGUCAGAUCCCCUGCGUUCUCUGGGGCCACUGCCUGCUUAGAGUCCAUGGCAUACCUUCGAUUGUCGCGGCGGUCGACUAUGUCGUUCCGGACCAUCUUCUAACAGCUAGCGAAAAGGCUCUGAAAGUCCUACCCAGGCUCAGCCCAUGUCCCAGCCCGAAAACAUGCCUCGCCAGCUCCCCAGACCGACCCACGCCACCGCCAGCAUUCCACCUUCACAUCACCAACUCGGAGCUCACCGUCGGCCUGUACCGACAGUCAGAGACGCUGUGGUUCUUGCCGACUCUCAACGACUCCCUCGUCCGCCCAGAUGCGUCCAAGCUCCCGCCGCCGUUCCUCCUCGCCCAGACCAGUCCUCCCUCCCACAAUGGCGCCCCGGCCGCGCCUCCAGGCGUUUUCAAGUCGGGCGAGCAGCCGGUGGUCGUCCCCAAGGCUCACGUACUCCUCGAGGCCUUCCUGCGCAUCUACCUGCGCGACGCGGGGAGGCACAUCGGCGCCUUCGCUAUGUCCAUGAUCGGCUACGUAGAGAUGUACGUUGAUGAGGACGGGCUGCUGGACGUCGACGAGCUCCCAGAGCCGCUGAGGUCCUCCUACGCCGAGCUGAAGCUCGGGGAGAAGCCGCUGCGUCAAUGGCGGACGGACCUGACGCGGGCUCUCCAGAUGUCCGAGGACGAGGACGGCUGGUAG